AUGUCCUUCGUAGAAGGUUUUCCAGAAGCUACUAGCACUCCAAAACAAGAACAUUUCAAUUCAGAGAUGAUUAAAGCAAAGAAUUUGAAGGAAAAUCAUCGUUUAAAAGUUUUGAAAGACAAUCGAAAUAUCCAAAAACCGAAAGGCAAUUUGCCACCUAAAGCAGUGAAGAAUUUCAAAUCUAAGCACACUGAAGCAUCACCACGUCGUUGGGUGAAUGAAAAAGAACAGAAAAAAGAUGCAUUCCGUCGAGAACAAGCUCUUGAAGCAAUGAAAAUUCUGGAACAACGCCGUUUGCGCAUGAAUCAAGACAGCUUGGCUGAAGAAAUUGAAAAAAUUACUUUGCUGCCUAAGAAUGAAGCACGCGACGCUUUAAUGGAAAAGAAACGAUUAGAAGCUAAGCGUUUGAAGGAAAAACGAAUUCUAGCUCAUUUAGCUGAACAAGAAGCAAAUAAAAAACGCAAGGCCAAAGCCACAGCUCGGAAAGAAGGAAAGAACGUGUCAAGUUUUCUUUCAAAAAGUCGUAUCAUGUUUAAACCGAAGCUAAGUUUACCAAAGCUUCCUGAGGAGACAAUUGAAAGUGAUCAGCAUGAAAAAGUUGAUUCAAUUGAUCCACCCACUACUGUUGUUGUAGAGAAAGAAAAGCAACAGAGGACUAAUUCAAUUCGUUAUCGUUAUUCAUUGGAUGAUUUACGUGCUCUCAACCCUUACGGGUUUUACUUCUUGUAA